AAGAAAAGUCAAAGUCUUGGCUCCACCAGCUCUGGUACUAAAGCUACAAGCAGCACCGAGGUUCAAUCCUCCAACACGAAGGUAAAAACCCCGGCCAAAAGCAGUAGUUCAAAGGACAUGAAGCUCAAGACAAAAGAAGCAUUUUGCAUCUCCAAAAGCACAGCGACACCAGAGGCAAAACCUAUAACCUCCAAGACAAAACAAAAACCUUUGCCAGACACUCCUAGGCCACAGAGGGCAAAGGAUCCAGCCUUGCUUAGUAAAGCGCUACUUCGCCCGGGGUCCAGGAAAGGCUUCACCAUCUUAACCGAUGAGUCACAGGUUACCUCUUCCUCCUCCUCCUCCUCCUCCUCCUCCUUUUCCUCCCUCCAACAUCCAGAAAGGCAGAAAAAAAAUCCUAUGAAGAAAAAGGACAAGAGCACUCCAACGUGCAGUCACAAAAAGCCCUCUGCUUCUGCCACAGGGGCUAAUGCUGUGAAAAAUGACCAGUUUAAAAAGCCCAAGCCUUCUUUAGCUAAGAAGCGUUUCAUUGAGAAAAGCAAGUUUGUGCUUGAAACACAAGUUGAGGGUCAAGUCAUGCAAGCCAGUAAUGGUAAAAAGGGGCCACGUGUUGAACAAAUACAAAUAGCAUCUAAUGCAGACAAGGCACAGGUAUCUGACGGACCUUCCACAAGCUCUGCGCAGCAGGAAGAAAUGUCACCAGGAACCAGAGGUACAUGUACUCCUGAACAUAAGAAGGAGCCUUGGAGCAAAAAGAGGUAUCUGCUUGAGAAGGCUGCCAUGGACACAGCAGAGCAAAGCCCUUCACACAGUCUCAGUAGAGACACAGUGAUUAGACCUGCUACUAAUCUAGUCAGUGCGCUCAGCCUCCCUCAUACAGACAGCAUAUCUGGAUCCUCAGGGGACGCCACUGUGGAUCAGACCCAGAUCAGCCAUUUUCCAGCCACCAGCCCUUUGACUCAGAGUGAAAGCACAACUCCUGCCCCUGCUCCUGCCCCUGCCCCUGCCCCUGCCCCAGUACCUGUCCUGUUUGCAUACCGUGAACCUACCUGCCCUUGGUAUAGUUGUGCCCACAAACCUGAAUACCGUUUCCUGAGACAGAUGCAGUCCAAGCAGAAGUUCGGCGGCUCAAAACGUCGUUCAAAGGAUCGUUUCCUGAAGCCCGACCCUCCUGGGCUGAACUGCAUGUCAUGGAACAGUUUGGAAGGAGUUUCUGCUGCCAGCACCAGCAGCACCAACAGCACCAGCAACACCAGCAGCACCACCACCAACACCAGCAGCAGCAGUGUGGCUGAGACUAGGAGAGGCCCAGCAGAGAUUCACAGUUCCCUGCCCUCUGCGGAGACACCAGUCACCCCCCUGGGUGCACCAUCAAAGGGAGCCCCCCAGGGUUGCCCUUCUUCUCAUGGUUAUGCAGCUCCCAUCAGUUCUGCUGUGACGAAAGCAGCCGCGUCUCCAGACUCUGUGGCACAGGGUGCCUCUGAUGGCCACGGACCCCCUCCAGAGGGCUUGCGGAACCGGGGCCCUAAUGAGGGAGAACAUGCAGCCAAUGGUGCAGGAGGCAACGCAGCUGAUGUUCCAGGGGUCGCUCUCCAACAUCAGCCUGGGAUGAGGAGCGACCAGGGAUGUCAAGCCUGCCUCACCGCUUCCCGUGGGCCCAUGUGCGACUCUGAGCGUCGCCGGAUCAUGAACAGCGUCGUGAGGACCGUGACCUCCGUGUUGGGGAUCGAGCUUCGUCCGGCUGCCUCCCUCGCAGUCCCCCCAAUGGGUCAUCAGAACCAGCAGCCUAUGCCGGUCCAUCAACCAAACAUCCAUCCAACAUCCAGCCAGAACCAGCGCCCUCAAAUGUACUACCACCUCCCGGUACCCCCUCUUCCCUGGCUGAGCCCUCACCUCCAUGGUCUCAGGCCGCCUACUGUUGGCGCUGAACGGCCUCCAGUUCUCACUCCACUCCACACCAUGUUUCCUCAGCCACCAGCUCACCUGAGUGAAAUGCCACAUGGAAGAGAGCAUACUUCAGAUUUUAACGGAUUUAAUGCAGAUAUGCCAUAAGAUUGCAGAAUUAGAUAGAGGUUAUUAUGACAUCAAGAGACACAGUAAUGGAUUACCACCACCACAAAGGCUGCAAGUUUCAACUCAAAUCAUCACUUCAAUAUGUAUUU